AUGUACUUCUUCUCUUCAAGGGACCGUAAGUAUCCCAAAGGGAACCGUCCAAGACGUUCUGCCGCUGAUGGUUAUUGGAAGGCUACUGGCGUUGAUCUUAAGAUUAAACAAACUGACAUCACAAUUGGGAGAAGGAAGGGUCUGGUCUAUUAUCAAGGGACACAUAAAGAUUCAGUAAAGACUAAUUGGAUCAUGUAUGAAUAUCGAUUGGCUUCAAAUACCGACACUUCUUGCAACAAGAAGUCGCAGAAUGCUUCAACUUCAAAUACUACUGCUCCUAUUGACAUGAGGCUGGAUGAUUGUGUAUUAUAUAGGAUCCAUAAGAAGUCGAGAAAGCAAAGGAGGAGAACGAGAAUGAUGUGGGAGGUGGUAAUUGAUUCAACUAGCUCUAAUCCUUCGAUGCAGGCACAUUAUACCAGGGCAAUGUGCCAGAAAUUUUCUCCAACGAGACAUGCGCCUCUGAGGCAAUUCAAUGUGGAAGAUAGAGUAUUUCUAUGUCUUUGA